GCCCCCCAUCGCUAACCGCCCCGAGUUCAGCCGCGCUUCCACACCGUUGGCCCCGCCCCCUUUCUGUGACCGCCUCCAAUCAGGUCACGCCCUCCGGUUCUGGCUCCGCCCCCAUUCCCUGCCCCGGGGCGCUGUGCGUCGUAGCGCGGCGCGGGGCGGGCCGCAGUCGCGCGGCGCGGGCGAGGCGAACGGCGGCGGUCCCGUCCCGGCGGCGGCAGCGGGCGAGGCGAGAGGCGGCGACGGUUGCAGCAUGGCGCUGUCCGUGCCGGUCAACGGGCUGAAGGAAGGCGAUAAAGAACCCGUCAUCGAGCUCUUCGUGAAGGCUGGCAGCGAUGGGGAAAGCAUAGGAAACUGCCCUUUCUCACAGAGGCUCUUCAUGAUCCUUUGGCUGAAGGGAGUGGUGUUCAGUGUCACAACAGUUGACCUGAAGAGAAAACCAGCAGAUCUUCAAAAUUUGGCUCCAGGCACUCAUCCACCCUUUAUAACUUACAAUGGUGAAGUGAAAACAGAUGUGAACAAGAUUGAAGAGUUUCUGGAAGAAGUUUUGGCUCCACCAAAAUACCUGAAACUUUCUCCAAAGCACCCUGAGUCCUACACUGCUGGAAUGGAUAUUUUUGCCAAAUUUUCUGCAUUUAUCAAAAAUUCCAGACCGGAGGCUAACGAAGGCUUAGAACGUGGCCUCUUGAAAACCCUCCAGAAAUUGGAUGAGUACCUGAACUCUCCUCUUCCCGACGAGAUAGAUGAAAACAGCAUGGAGGAUAUUACAGUUUCUACCCGCAAGUUUUUGGAUGGCAAUGAGAUGACACUAGCAGACUGCAACCUGCUGCCCAAACUACACAUUGUGAAGGUGGUGGCCAAAAAAUAUCGCAACUUUGAGAUUCCCAAGGAAAUGACGGGGAUUUGGAGAUACCUGACCAAUGCUUACAGCAGGGAUGAGUUCACCAAUACCUGUCCUGGAGACAAAGAAAUUGAAAUAGCUUACAGUGAUGUAGCCAAGAGACUUACUAAGUAAACAGCACUUGCAAAAAGAGACGACUUCUUGCGUAUUCCGUAACAAUGCUUCUAACAGACUGCUCUUUUCAUAUAAGAUAGCAAUUUUUUUUUUUUUUUUUUGCAUGAAUUUGCAGUUAUUCAAAGUUAUGGUGGAUAGACCAGGUACAGUAAUUACCUAAAGUUUGCAGACUUAAUUAUAGGCUUGUUUUUCCUUACCUCUUUUCAUGGCAAGUCAUAUUAUUAAUGCAGUUAUGUUACUAUUGUUGUGGGGUGUUGGGUUCUUCAGUAUGAAGAGCUCGCUUGCCCCCAUUUCUUUUAUUUGCAAACAUUUGGUCCCUAUCUACAAAUUGGUCUGGGAUACUGUCUUUCUGUAUGGUACAAGGAAUAUUUAUGUAUUUUGGAAUUUAUUGCUCUUCCAGAAGAUCUAUAACACAGUUGUCAUAUGUGCAACACACCGAGCUGUACCUGUUUGUCUAUCCUGUUUUCAUAUAGAAGGGAACUUACUCUCCAGAAAAGCCAUUUGAGAACUAUUUGGCAAUGCUUUUAAAAUAGAUUUAUAUAUAUAUACAUGUAUAUUAUAAUUCUCUUGGAUUUGAAAUCACAGUAAUGGUUGAGAAUGGACUCACACGUGAAACUUGGAUUUGAAUGACCUCGAACAUCAGGAAGUUUGAAUCCAGGCUUGUGCACUACAGCCAGGAGCUCACGGUGCAGAGUUCACAUUUAGUUGUGUCUUCAAGAACGUGGUGAGAUCAAACAGCAACAAAGCAAUUGACAGCUUACACUUAUCCCAAAUUCUCAGUUGCAGCAAAUGAAUGCCUGUCAGGAUGCCCUUUUAACAUCACGAAACCAAAAGAUUUGGAUGCUUGCCAUCUGUUCACCUUAAGCAUUUCAAGUGGCUUUCUUUUUGGUAGUUAAGAGCCUUUUUAUUUUGUAUAGGUCUUUCUGGUGAUAUUUACUUACAAAUCUUUGCUGUCAUAAGCAAAACGUGUAAACAUGAGUGACGAGUAGCUGCUGUACGUGGUGGAUAGCAGUGCAAUGAUGGGCGAUGCAAAACUGAACGCUGAGAGCCCUUGGAGUCGGAGUCUUUCUGGGAACUUUUGUAAGCUGUCUGAUUUUAUGUUUGUCCUGAAGAAAGCUAAAGUGACCUUUAAAGAUAACACUUGCCUUAAAUUAUAGCGUUCCCUUUUCUUUUUUUUAAUCUGAAAGGAUAUCUGUUAGUUACUCCUGUAAAGAAAGGGUGCGUGGAAUCCAGUCCUGUACACUAAACUCACCUGAACUGCUUUCUGUGCAUCUGGAUUGCAGCUUUGCAUGAUCGUAAUCGUUGCACUACUAUACCUAAUCUUUUUACUGCAACACUGAGGAAUAGCACUGCAAUUUUUUUAAGAACCAAUUUUCGAGUAUUUCUAAAGUGGGGAAAUAGUUUUCUUGUUUCAGAUGAAUGAUUUUGGUGCAUGGAAUAAACGGCUCGGUUCUUUUUAAAAGACCACCAUCAACGACUCCAAAGAA